AUGAGUGAAGUGAUUAUUACAUUAAUACCCAAGAAACUGAAGACACCUAUAAUUGAAAACUUUCGACCUAUCAGUGUACUUAGCUGCGCCGUACGAUUGUUAUCAUCAGUAAUAGAAAAACAACUAAACCCAGUCUUGGCAAAGGUUAUUGAGAAUACUCAAACAGGUUUCCUUAAAGAAAGAUCCAUUAGUAAUAGCAUAUACCUCCUCGAUAUGGUUCUUACAAGAUAUCAAACUUCUAAAACUGCAGAUGCAGAAUCAGCAGGGUUUAUUAAUCUUGACUUCAGAAAAGCUUUUGAUUCAGUCCAUCAUGAUUUUAUAUUGAAAGUUUUACAACAAGUAGGAUUUGGGCCUAAGGCGACGAAUUUCUUGAGAGAAAUAACUACACAACAAAAAGCAAAAGUCAGUAUUAAUAAUAUUGAAGGUCCAUGCUUCCCACUUAAACGUGGGGUUAGACAAGGCAAUCCUAUCUCCCCUCUAAUCUUUAUUUUAAUCUUAGAGACCUUUCUCGCUAGAUUGAGUAAGGAAAUUGAGGGAAUAGGAGUGGUGAAUGAAUUUUCGCCGGUUGCAUACACUGCAUAUGCAGAUGAUGUGAUCAUCUUUUUCAAGAACAAGAACGAUCAAGAAAGAAUUCAACAACUUUUAGAAGAUUUUGGAAGGGAAUCAGGCCUUUAUCUUAACAAUAAUAAAACAGAGGUUUGUUAUUUCAAUGACAUUCCGGAAAUUUACUUUUUAGCUUAUGUUUCAAAGAAGCUACAAUUAGAAAAAUUAACAUAUUUAGCAGUACCGAUGAAAAAAGCAGAUGAAGAGUUUGAUCCUUGGACACUGUUUGUAUUAAACCUCAACCCUCAAAUUCGAAUGACACCGAUACUGGAUCUUCCAUAUCAGUUGAUUAUGAAAUUGAUGAAUAUCUUCAUAUUCUCUAAAUUAUACUAUAGAGAUUUACAUUCACCGAUUCUGACGACAGCAGUGUCGAGUAUUAUAAAAACAGUUCAACAAAGACUUCCUUUAUACUUCAAGCUUCAGAAAUUACAAACCCCUAACCAUUUGGGUGGUUUCGGUUUGAUGAACCCCAAUCAUCAAGUAAAAGGUCGAAGAGGUAAACAGAUAUAUCUUUUAUACACACAAGAAGAUGACUUGAUAAUUAAAUUUAUGAGAACUAAAAUUCAAGAUAUUCUUGAUAAUAUUGCAAAGGAUUAUUAUACAAUGCCAACGGAACCAGAUAAAUUGAUAGUUUAUCCAUGGUAUCUUUUUGGGAUGGGUGUAUCCUGUCAUCUGUCUCUACAAUUUAGAUACUUGAAAGAACGAGUAUAUGAGAAUCUUACAAAGCUGGAAAUCUCGUGGUUUGAAGCUUGGUUUCAAUUGGUCCACUACACAGGCCCUCCUGUGGAAACUCCAAUUAGAAUCAUGCUGAUAGAAGACUAUGCAAAUUUAAUUAUCCAACCUAAAACGGAAAUUAUUAAUUUAAUGUCUCCAAAUUUUGAAAAACAACCUUUAUCUGAGCAAACUUUUCAUCACACUUCAAGGAAAUUAUGUCCUCAAGCUCCGAUUAUUCCAGAAGGUUGGGGCAAACAUUUUGAUACAAUUAAAAGUCUAACCAUUUCAGAUUGGACUGAAUUUUGGAAGAAUAUGAACAAAGUCCAAAAACAGAGCGUUGGAUCUUUACAAGAUUAUCAUCUUUUUAUCCUUGGUUAUUAUUCACAUUAUCCUUUUUAUCCUAAUUAUAAAAAACCGGAGAUACACUUUUGCCAAUUGUGUAAUACGGGUACUGAUUCGAUAGUACAUCAUAUUUUUGAAUGUGGUGAGACUAUGGAAUUAUGGCUGAAACAUUUUAAUAGUCAGAGAACUCCACAAUUUAUUAUUGGAAACAAACAUCUACAUAAGAAAGAUUUACAUGCCUUAAACGAGUACAUCAAAGAAGUGGUUCAAAAGGUGAAACGGCGAAGAGGUUCACCAAUUUUGAAUCAUGGGGAAAAGGAAAAUGUGGACGCUGGAACAAAUGUACUCGUAAUCUCCAAGAUGCUAAUACGACCUUCAAAAUGUGUUGUUUGA